GAAUUAAAACAUGAUAUAGAUCACCAUCAACUGAUAAAUAUGUGCCAGGAAUUGGAAUACAAAUUGGUGCAGAUCUGGAGUUUACCUGCCCUGCAGUUGCUUCACCAGAUCAAUAUCUCGAAUGAAACCAUGGUUUUCACCAGGAUUAACAGUUCACUGUUCCUUGGCCUGCAUUCUGGAGCUGUAAAUGUCUUUGAUGUUCAGAUUGAAGGAGGCCCAGUGGAGCUGUUGGAGAAAAAUGAGAAAAAGCCAGGGGGAAAUGAAGAACCAGAUAUCACUCAUGAUUCUGAAAAUGCUCACAAGGGCCCUGUGGUAGCAGUGGAUGCCUGCAAGACCCUCUCUCUCUUUCUAAGCUGUGGUGUGGACUACAUGGUGAAACUCUGGGAUAUUCACAAGAAUUUGCUGGCCGAAAUUUGUCUUGAUAACACUCUCAGCUCUGCUUGUUUCCUGAAUGGUUCUGGAGAUAUUUUAGUGGCUUUUAAAAAUGAUCUUUACAUCUUGCCUCACAGUAAGGCACUGGGUAUCUCAGCGACAGAUACAGAUGUCUCUGGAAUCUCAGCAACAGAGUCCUUCAUUUAUGAAAACCAAGCUUUAAAUUACCAAAAGGAAGGAAAAACUGAUGUCUCCAAAGUCACUGACAUGGACUCUUAUCUGGUGCCUUACAUGGGAUUUAAUUUCACCAGUGACUUCACAACAGAAUUGCUGGUUUCACCAAUGGACGGAGAAAAGCUGUCCUGGAAGUUGCCGCUGGCCCCUUCCCGGAUAUAUUGUUCUCCCAGUAUCUCAGCGACUUCAUUGAAGAUAUUUGACUUCCUGUUUCAACCUGGACCUCUCAGCAUAGAUGAGCGAGAGAAGGCGGAACUCUCUGAAAGAAUGAUCCUGACUGAUGAUAUGAAAUACUUGCCUGGCCCCAGACCUGCAAGGGCUGUGGAUUUGGAAAUCCCUGAGUUUGGAAUCUCCCCAUGUUCUUCUCCACUCAGUGUAUGUUCAGAGGCCCAGCCUGAGGAAGAGGUUGCUGAAACUGAGAGUGAAUCCCCCGAUACAGAAUCGCUACAGCAAAUCCCAAGCACUGAACCGCAGCAAGUCAAUGAAGAAGCAGACAAGGAGAGAACAAAUCUUCUAACAGAAAGAGAUUUCUGUUUAGACAAAACUCAGACUUUACAGAUGAAGAAAAAAACAGGUUCUGAAAAAAGGAAGAAAAAAGCUUCAAAGAGCGACAGAUUUCCGUCUGGCAAAGAAAAGAAGCUUGUGCCCGGGAAAUUAUCCAGUUCAGACAGUGCAGGUCUGAGAAAGACACACACACCAAAACAUAAAAGAUUUUCCUCAGAGAUGCAGAAUGCCAUGAUGGCUAGAGACCUCAAGACUGCCUCCCAGGCCCAUUCGGCUAUUCCGAUAGAAUAA